AUGGAUGAUAUUAAAUUGUUUGCAAAAUCUGAAAACGAUCUAUACCAACUAGCUAACCUUACAGAACAAUUCACCGAUGAUAUACAGAUGGAAUUUGGUAUAGAUAAAUGCAAAAUAAAUUCAGUUAGAGCAGGACAGAACUACAGGCACCACUACACCACAGAAUCUGGAGAGCAGAUAGAAUCUUUAGAUGAACAGGAGACUUAUAAAUACUUAGGUUACGCACAGUCAUCCCAGAUACUGCAGAAAGACACUAAAAAUAAACUUACACAACAAUUUAAACACCGCCUUAACACAAUUCUUAAAACACAAUUGUACUCACGAAACACUAUAAAAGCCAUUAACACCUUCGCAAUACCUGUAUUGACAUAUUCGUUUGGAAUAAUUAACUGGACCAAAUCAGACCUUAAGAACCUACAGCGCAAAAUUAAUACAACAAUGACCAAAUUCCGUAAACAUCACCCUAGAUCUUGCCUGCAAAGACUGACCUUACCCAGGAAAGAAGGAGGUAGAGGACUUAUUGAUAUUCUGAAUUUACAUAAUAAGCAGAUCAAAACUCUCCGACAGUAUUUUUACAUGAAAAAUUCAUCAUCCACACUUCACAGAUUAAUAUCCCAAAACGACCGACGCUACACACCCUUAAAUCUACAAGACACAUCUGAACAGAAGAACGAAAGAAUCACCGACGACAAGACCAAACUGCUAGAAUGGACCCAGAAGUCUCUGCACGGCAGACACCGCCAAGAUUUAUGCCAACAAAAUGUCGACAAAGAGGCGUCGAACGCAUGGCUAAAUCGAGGUGAACUCUUCCCGGAGACUGAAGGGUUCAUGAUGGCGAUACAAGAUCAAGUAAUUGAAACAAGAAAUUAUAGAAAAUACAUUAUUAAGAACUUAAACAAUGAUAUUUGUCGAAAAUGCAACAGCUCACCCGAAACCAUACAACAUAUAACCGGCGCAUGUAAAUCAAUAGCCCAGACCGAUUACAAGUAUAGACACGACCAAGUCGCAAAUGUCAUUCACCAGAAACUAGCCCAUCAGUAUAAACUAAUUAAUUCCGUAGUACCAUACUAUAAAUACACCCCAGAAACCGUCUUAGAAAACUCUACAACCAAACUGUACUUCGAUCGAGCCAUCCUUACCGACCGCACAAUUCAUUUUAACAGACCAGACAUCACACUCAUAGACAAAACCAACAAGACCGGAUACUUGAUCGACAUCGCCGUCCCAAACACCCACAACAUGCAACAUACAAUAGCCGAAAAACUAACCAAAUACAUUGAACUUAAAGACGAAAUAACACGUCUCUGGCAUUUACAAAAAGUUACCAUCAUCCCCAUAGUCUUAUCCACAACCGGUGUAAUACCUAAACAGCUCCAUCAAUCCCUUCAAUCCCUUAACCUACCUCCAAACACCUAUCAAUUACUUCAGAAAGCGGUGAUUCUAAACACCUGCCGACUAGUUCGAAAGUUCCUUCAAUGUGAAAUAGAUACACACCAAAACAUAGGCACACACUCUAUCACAGCUAUUCAAACACACCCAGAUAAUAACCAAAACGUCAUCAACCCAACUGGUGAACACUUGGCUUAG